AUGGAAUCGUUUAUUGAUUGUAUAAGUUGCUGUGAGCCAACUUCGCUCCCUCAACUCCUGCAGCAAAGUAAUGACCAACGAAUGCAGACUCUAACCACACUAACCACCAUUGUGUUGAAAUCAUUCUCCAGCAAGUGCGUGUGGGGAAUGAAGCGGUGUUAUAACUGCAGAAAUCUAAAACUAGUUGGCAUGGCAGAGGCUGACUUUUAUAGUUGUAUAUGCAACUUGCCUAGUAUCACAGAUGCUUGGACGUUGCAACAUGGCCAAGGCUAUGUGAUUGAAUCAGUCUCUAUCGACAGUUGUGUUAUCUGUCAAGAAGCAUACGAGGCUCUCUAUCAUUGCUUUAACUGCUCCUGCUUUUCUUCGUUGAAACACUUCUCGCUUCGACCUAUGGAUAAGAGCAAGGGAGCCCGUAUGAACGAAAAGCAGUGGCAGCCAAUUUGCGAAUAUUUAAAGGCGGGGUUGUGCCCUCAUCUCGAAUCGAUUUCACUCUCAAAUAACAAUAUUGGACAUAAAGGAGUGAACGCUCUGGUAGACGCCUAUCUCUCUGGAAAGAUGGAGAAAUGCAUAUAUUUGGAUCUCUCUGGCAACUCCAUUGGAGAUAAGGGAGCCAUCGCCUUAUCAAGAUUAUUUGAUCAUCCAUUCUCUUGCGCAAGUCUGGAGGUUCUGGACCUAUCUCACAACAAAAUCCAUUCCAAAGGAUUCGACGUCUUCCUAUCGCACUUUGGGUCGAUUACACACGAGCAUCUCCGUGUUAUUAAUUGGUCUUAUAACCCCUUGAAGGGCGAAUCCGUAAAGACCUUCUUCCGAAUUAUUGAAAUGAAUCACUGUCCUCAGCUUCAAUGCAUCAAUCUUUCGGGAAUCGCAAUGAACAGCGAUGUGUCCGCGACGUUCGCUACCAUGAUUCGCUCUGGCACAUUUGCGCAUCUCGAGGAGCUUCAUCUUGCAGAAUGCUCUCUGAAUCUUGACAGCAUCAAGCACCUUUGCAACGCUAUUGUCGAUAUGCCUCUCCAGCUCCUGCACACCUUAUCCCUGGCGCAGAAUCGAUUGAAUCCGGCGUGCAUCUGCGCGCUGUGUUGCAUCCUGCAGAAGCAGCAGUUGCCAUCCCUAAGAGAACUGGAUCUGAGCUCAAACAAAGUCGGAAAUGAGGGUUGA